ACAUUUAAACUCUCCGAGCGGCGUCUGUCUCGGCUCGUGCCUCCGCUUGCACCUGUCUGCACACGUUUGCGUUUGCGUGCGCGACUACAUGCGCGUGCGCGUGUGUCCCCCCGCUGGUGUUUGUGUCACAGAGGUCCAGCAGCACCUGACCCACCCUCCCACCAGCGCCUCCACCAUUCCAGGGAGCUCGUCCUGAGAGCUGGUAGCAGUCGGCGAGAGACGCUAGCGAAGCCAGGGCUGACAGAGGAGGCGCCGGCUGGAACGAGCAGCGCACAAGGGCACACCGAGCAGGAGGAGAACCCACACACACGGGAGGGUCGGUAACGCCUAGCCCAGGAUGAGCACGUACACAGUGACGCUGAACGGCCCCGCUCCGUGGGGCUUCAGGCUACAGGGAGGGAAGGACUUCAACAUGCCGCUCACCAUCUCCAGGAUAACCCCCGGCAGCAAGGCGGCGGGCGGCAGCCUGGCCCAGGGCGACAUCAUCUCAGCCAUCGACGGCUUCAGCACCGAGGGCAUGACGCACCUGGAGGCCCAGAACAAGAUCAAGUCGGCCACCCUCAAACUGACGCUCAGCAUGCAGAAAUCGAGGCGUCCGGCACCGGUUCCCACGGCAACGCCAAGGAUGGACUCUCCCAUGCCCAUCAUCCCCCACCAGAAGGUCAUCGCCAACACGGCUGCAAACGUGGAGUACACCCCCAGCUUCAACCCCAUAGCCCUCAAAGACUCGGCCCUGUCCACCCACAAGCCCAUCGAGGUGCGGGGUCCCGGCGGAAAGGCCACCAUCGUUCACGCCCAGUACAACACGCCCAUCAGCAUGUACUCGCAGGACGCCAUCAUGGACGCCAUCGCGGGGCAGUCACAGGCCAAGGGACACGACAGUGAGGAGGCGGGCUCCCCCUUGGCUGGAGUCCUUCCGGUCAAGGAGCCUGUGGUGGAUUACGCUUCUCCAGUGUACCAGGCCGUGAUCCGGCCCGGAGAGACGACCCAGGACAUGUCCGAGUGGGCCCGCCGCGCUGCCAACCUGCAGUCCCGGAGUUUUAGGAUGCUGGCUCACAUCACUGGCACCGAAUACCUGCAAGACCCAGACGAGGAGGCCCUGCAGAGGUCAAGAGAGAAGUUCGAAUCGGAGGUGAAAGGGCCUCGCUUCGCCAAGCUGAAGAACUGGCACAACGGACUGUCUGCACAGAUCCUCAACGUCCAGUAAUGAAGGACUGGAGAGCGCGAGGCAGCGGGACGGAGAGGAGGACGGGGACAAAAGCACAGGAAGUGAGGAUGAGUUACGGAGGAGGAGGAGCUCCUCGGUAUGUGAGAUAGAGCUGUAGACUAGACAGAUGCUAACCGCUAGUGUGAGGAUGCCAUGUGUUCAUAAGCUUGUUGCUGUUCAGUGUAUCUAUGCGCGGCCAAGGCCUGAUCUCACGUGUGGGUUUUUCUUUCUUUCGUUGUUUCCUGUUUCUUUCGAUUCUGACCCUCUUCGAACGAAGGGAAUGUUGUACAAAAGUAACGCGUAUUGAAGCGAAGCGCCGCAGCUGAGGGUGUUUCUGUUACGUCCCAGUGCACGAACCACACAUUUUGACACCACGGGCCGCACGCAAGGACAAUUACACUCAGAGAAAUGUGUCACCAUUCACAAGUACAGUAUGUAAAAAUGCACUCAAGAAAUGUACUGAGAUCAAUGUGAAUAAAUGUUUUCUUUAAACUACA